UCGGACAUACCCGGUUCGGGAGGGCCACGCAACCAGUUUCCAGGAUACAUGCAGGACAAGAACCUCAGUUUCGAAGCCCAACUCUCCAUGGGGUUGUCGUGUAUGACGUCGGACCCGGAGAUCUGGGCUCAGCAUGCCACUCAAUCACCUGCGCACAUGCGUCUCCCGGUUACCUUUGCAUCUGGCAUGGAUGCACUGCCCAGACCAGUUCCGGACCUUGGUACGUGCAUUCGUCCUCCACCUUCGGCAGCGGUGGGUGGAAUUGCACGUGGCCCCGUCGACAGUACACGGAUUCCGGUGGCUCCGGGUUCGCAACCUUCCCAAGGCGCCUCCUUUAUUCCUCCUCCAGCUCCUGCCUAUAUGCAGCCCCAUUUGGUCGAUCGCUUACGCACCGUCGUUGUGGACAGGGCGUGGGCAAACCUCCGCACUGUUGGGGGUGGUGUCGCUGAAGAUGUGCAGAGGAUGCGGCAGGGAGUCGGUGUGUCCCUAUCAGCAAGGGAUCAUGGAGACAUGGCCGACCGAUGCAGUCCCCGCUUGCUGGACGUUGCCGGACGACCAAGAAGGAGGGGCAGUGUUGGGGGACGGGUGCCUGAAAGUGGGAGCGAAGUGGAUAUAAAUGAUGAUGCCACGCGGCCCGAGGGAGGGGAGGUGCCAGGAAGGAGGAGAACCAGGCCAUGGCUGCAGGAGGAGCGCAUUGAUCUGGCGAGGUUCAUGAAGGAGGACAGCGCCAUGAUGCAAAUGGCGUUAGGUCGGUUGAAGCACGCGAGAAGGCCAGUGAGGAAUAAGUGGGUGUCCAAGAAAAUGAAGGCGGCAGGUUGGAUCAGGUCGGCGGAAGACUGCAGGAAGAAGUGGUGCGACCUCAUGAGCAAGAUGAAGGACAUCCUGCGCAAGUGUAACGCGUCGGGGAAGCCCUCAUAUUGGGAGAUGAGCGUCGAAAAUAGGAAAAGGGAGGGAAUCCCGACGACGUUUGAGCAGCCGCUGUGGGAGGAGAUGGAGUGGGCACAUCGAAAGCCGCCAGUGGCUUGCGACAAUACCAUGGCAUCAUCAAACUUGCAGGGUGCUGAAAGUGGUGUUUCCGAUAAGGAAACACCGAGUGGGCAUGACUCGUCAGAAGGCGAGAGCCGUAGUGGUGCAAGUGCUGAAAAAUCGGAGGGUUUGCGGAAGAAACGGCGUGGGGCAACGGGCAAAGAACGUGCUAGUGGUCUUAUGAAUCCCCCACGGUCAUGACCGCGGGGUCAAUCUCGGCCCGCGGUCUGGAUCCCGACCACUUAGGUCGGCUGCGGGCGGGGGGCCGCGGUCCCAAUUUUGUAAAUUUUUUUUCCUAUUAAAUAAAUUUCAAAAAAUAAAUUUCUAUUUGACGA